CCGCUGUCUGGCCAGCUCCGGUGGCGUGCGGAGCGCGUGGUGUGCAGGUGAGCUCUGCCCAGCGCCAUCCGGGUCCGUCCCGCCCACGCCCACGCUCACGCUCACGCGGCGCCGGGAGCCGCGGACCUCGAUAUCUGGAUUUGAACUGGAUUUUAGAAUUCAUCUUUACUUACAAUGCCACCAUCAAAUGGAGGUCCAGCUGGAUACACCCCACCAGAUGGAGGCUGGGGGUGGGCAGUAGUCGUUGGAGCUUUCAUUUCCAUUGGUUUCUCUUGUGCAUUUGGCAAAUCUAUCAGUGUAUUUUACAAAGACAUUGGAGAAGUAUUUAAAGCCAGCUCCAGCGAAGUGUCGUGGUUAUCUUCCAUCGCGUUUGCUGUCAUGUAUGCUGGGGGUCCUAUUAGCAGUAUCCUGGUGAAUAAAUACGGCAGUCGCCCUGUCAUGAUUUUCGGUGGCUGCUUGUCAGGCUGCGGCUUGAUUGCAGCUUCCUUCUGUAGCACUGUGAUGGAGCUUUACAUUUGUAUCGGAGUUAUUGUGGGUCUUGGGCUUGCCUUCAACUUGAAUCCAGCUUUGACCGUGAUUGGCAAGUAUUUCUACAAGAAGCGACCGUUAGCAAAUGGACUAGCCAUGGCAGGCAGCCCUGUGUUCCUCUUUGCCAUGGCCCCUCUCAACCAGGCUCUUUUUGCUCUCUUUGGCUGGAGAGGAAGCUUCCUAAUUCUGGGGGGCCUCCUACUAAACUGCUGUGUGGCUGGAGCCCUGAUGAGACCAAUAGGGCCCAAGCCAACCACUGCAGAGAAAGAGAAGUCUAAAGAAUUCCUUCAGGAAGCUGGAAAAUGUGAUGCAAACAAGGGGGCAGGUAAUCCAAAGACAGGAGUUAAUGGUGGAAACUCCCCAAAGGAGAAACAAUCACUUUCUCAAACAGUUAACAAACUUUUGGACCUAUCCCUGUUCAAGCACAGAGGCUUCCUGCUGUACCUCUCUGGGAAUGUGAUCAUGUCUUUUGCGGUGGCUGCGCCUUUAGUCUUUAUUAUCAAUUACGCCAAGAGUCAACAUCACUCUGGUGAGAAGGCUGCUUUCCUUCUUUCCAUUCAGGCUUUUGUUGACAUGGUAUCCAGACCUUGUAUGGGAUUUGUAGCCAACACAAAGUGGGUAAGACCACGAAUUCAGUACUAUUUGGCUGCUUCUAUUAUCGCGAAUGGAGUAUGUCAUAUGCUAGUUCCUUUAACUUCCAGCUACAUAGGGUUCUGUGUCUACUCGGGAUUCCUUGGAUUUGCUUUUGGGUGGUUUGGUGCCGUACUGUUUGAAACACUGAUGGACCUUGUGGGAGCCGAGAGAUUCUCCAGUGCUGUGGGAUUGAUGACCAUUGUGGAGUGCUGUCCUAUGCUCCUGGGGCCACCAGUUUUAGGUCAUCUCGGUGACAUAUAUGGAGACUAUAAAUACACAUACUGGGCAUGUGGCAUAAUCCUUAUUGUCUCUGGCAUCUAUCUUUUCAUCGGCAUGGGCAUCAAUUACCGACUUGAGGCUAAAGAACAGAAGGCAGAAGAGAAACAGAAAAAGGAAAGUAAAGAGAUGGAACCAAAAGAAGUUGUUAAAGCUGCUCAGUCUCCAGAACUGAAUGGUACAGAAGAAGGACCCAAAGAGGAGAAACUCUGAGGCUGAAAUCAGGGAUAAACAGAAGCUUUGGACCAAAGAUACAUGAAAAAUGCUACUGAAUCAUGUUCUACUCUUGGUGCUUACCAUGGACAGUGGACUCUUAUGUAGAAGUCAGAUCAGGUGUUCACUGAUGGAACUUUUAUUCUUUCCUCUACACCCAUGAUAAUAAAUAAGUCACACUUUUUAGGGGCAAGGGACAUCUGCAAAAGAUGACAGAGGAAAUAGCUUUUAUUUGAAGUCAUAUUUAUUAAGGUAUAUUUAUAUACUGUUCAUACUCCUUUUAUAAAAGUGAAGUUUAAUGAAUUUUGACAAAGUUCUUUUGUCAAAUAACUACCAUUCCAAUGUAGAACAUUUCGAACAGCCAAGAUAAUUCCCUUCUCCUCCUUUGCAGUCAAUCCUCUCUCCUUAACUAAAUCACCUGAUACCUACUUCCCCUAUGCCUGCAUGCUCAGUAGUGUCGACUCUUUGGGAUCCCAUGGACUAUGUAGCCCACCAGGCUCCUAUGUCCAUGGGAGUCUCUGGAGUGGGUUGCCAUGCCCUCUUCCAGGGGAUUUUCCCCACCCAAUUCAUAUCUCUUGCAUCUCCUGCAUUGAUAUGGGGUUCCACAGGCCACCUGUGCCAACCAUCACUGCCUCCUUCCUGGAGACAGCAUUCCUGUGAUUCCCCCUCCAGUCACCAUUCAGCUGCAAAUGACCGUUUAACUCAGGAAGCCAGAGCUGUCAGUGCUCACCCACAUCACAGCAUUAUUGAACAUUAUCUUAAUGAGAUCAGCCUUCUGAUCUGAGGCGACUCUUUACUACUGUGCCACCUGGGAAGCCUGUAUGGAACGACAUAGUAUGUAACUGUGGCAUGAUAGCAUAUAUUUGAUCUUUAUCCUCAGUUCCUGGUAUACAGCUCCUAGAACGCUUGGAACCUUGGGAGUGAUGAGAGUAUCUUUUGCAUGCUAAUUAAGUGACUGGUGGCUGGAGGCCCCCUUCCUAACUUCAGGAUGGGGGCUAGUCUCUAGGAAGGCCAAGGCAUGAUUAGAAGGUUGGCUCUUUCAGCCCCAUCCCCUGACCUCUGGGGAGGGGAGAGGGACUGGAAAUUGAGUUCAAUUAUUAGUGUCCAAUAAAAUAAUCGAUCACACCUAUGUAAUAAAACCCCCUAAACUACAGAGAGCUUCCUGGCUGGUGAGUAUCUUAAGGUACUGGGAGAGUAGCGUGCCCAGAUAAGGCAUGGAAGCUCCCUGCCGCUCCUCCCCUCCAUAUUUUGCCCUAUGACUCUCUUCCAUCUGGCUGUUCUGAAAUGCAUACUUUACAAUAAACCACUGAAUGUAA